AUGCCCCUGGACGGCCGGCUUGAAGCGCAAACUGGUGCGAAUGGAGACAAGCAUGGCGGUGAGCAUAGCGGUGAGGAGGCCGGUGAGCCGAUCGAUCCACCCCUAGACGGACAGACCGACCCACACCUCGAUGACGCGCGCCCCCCGCGCGCCUUCACCAUCAGGGACGCCGGGACGCUGGUCGGGGGGCACGUGACCGUCACGAAUGGGGCCUUCAAACAGUGCAGGGGGGUCAUCCUCGACGUUAAGAAGACGGACAAGGAGGAGUACGAGCUGCUGGUGGUGAUCAACAGAGACGAGUCGGCCAAGUACCCCAAGAACAUCCUAAACAGGUUUGGGAAGAGCUACUGGUUCAAUGUGAAGGACGUCCAAGUGGAGAGGGUGAAGGAUUUGCUCUUCCACAGGUAUGAAAACUUUUACGAUGAGAAGGGGCGGCCCGCGGAGGGGGGCCUGCAAGAGGUUAAGGAGCGCUUCGGGGAGUUGAGCGGCGAAGAGGAAAGUGCAGUGGAAGGGAAGGGGGAAAAUGCAGUGGAAGGGAUGAAGCAAAAUGCAGUGGAAGGGAAGGAGGAAAAUGCAGUGGAAGAGAAGGAGGUAGGCCAUUUGAGCAGCGAAGAUGUAAGCGUGGCCAAUGGAGAGGCAAACGCGGCAAAUGGCGAGGCGCCCCUGCGGCCAGACCUGAUCACCCUGCAGGAGAGCCUCCUCGAGGGAAAAAGGCGGCCGCGGAAAAGCGCCUUCUGCCACACAGUGGUGAAGCAAAUAGAAAAAAAUUACAUGUACGAAGAUCUGCUAAACCUGUACAGGGAAAAGAGACACCUGGCAAACAUAGUGGUGUGCUUCUACAUCCUGAAGCAGCUGGUGAAAAUCUGCAGCUUUGAAAAGGAAAGCGAAAGUGGGUUAAGUGCUUUCCAGAAAAACGUCAUUCACAGCACCACCUUCGAAACUAUCUUAACAGACGUUUUAACGUUUCUGGAGAAGAAGGAUAUAUACAGAGUGGUAGACAAAACAUGGCUCCUAUGGAUCUUAGUGAAGCUGAACAUACACAAGGAGCAGACUUAUAGGAGCACCUUCGAAGCAAUUUUAAAUCACCUUUUGAAGUAUCUCACGUAUGAAACUUUAAAAAAAAUGAACACCAAAAGUUUGUGUGCAAUUUUGUGGAGCCUAGCCAAAUGUUCCCAUAGCAACAUACAGGUUUGCAAAACGGUAUACAAAAAGGCUAUCUACUUUUUGGAGAAAUACACCCAGGUGAUGUCUUGCCAGGACAUUUCAAAUGUGUAUUACUCCCUUGGGUUGGUAAACUACCCAAAUGGGGACUCCUUUUUUAAUUUAAUUGACCAAGAAAUUAACAAAAAAAUUAGCAAAUUUUCUGUGCAAAAUCUUAUGAAUAUUCUCUACGGAAUGACAAAACUGAAGAGAAACAACUCCACCUUUGCAGUCGUAAAGGAUAAGCUGCUCUUCCAUUCCUCCAAUAUGAACCUUCGAAAUAUGAGUUUGUUCCUUUGGUGUUUGAACAGAAAUGAGUACUAUCACGUCGAUGUUAACUUUAAAGGGAAGUCCUUUCACCAUUUAAAUGUAAAGCAAGCCAUGCAAUUGUUAAUGUUUUUUAAUUACAACAGAGACAAGUAUGUGCAUUACCUGAAGUACGUUUUGAGUUUUCUCUUCAAAUGGAUCUCCCAGCUGACCAACCAAGAAAUUUCAUUCCUCUUCUAUUCACUGUCCAAGCUAAACUUACUCAAAGGUAGCUGCUUUGUAAAGAUUCGUAAGCACAUCACCCAGAGGGACCACACCACCUUCAACGUCAUAGACCUCAACAUGAUUCUCCUCUCCAUGAACAACAGCAACCUGUACGACCGAGUUUUGUUCCACUAUUUGUUUCGCGCGCUCAGGGGGGUUCUCUCGCGUGCACUGCGGAGGGGAGCCGAGGUAGAAGCAACCGCCAGGGAAGAAGCUACCACCACCGAAGAAGUAACCACCGCCGCCAACGAAGCAACCACCACCGCCAACGAAGCAACCACCACCGCCAACGAAGCAACCACCACCGCCAACGAAGCAACCACCACCGCCAACGAAGCAACCGGCGGAAUGGCCCCCCCCAGUGGGCGCCCCCCCCUAGACUGCACCAACCUCAACUACGUGAUGAAGAACCUGUCCGAAAUGAAAAUUUUCGACCAAAGCAUCAUGCUCAAGUACGCCCUUUUCUUCUCCAGCAACCUUGCCCGCAUCAGCGCCGACCAGAUUUGCGACUACCUCUUCUACACCUUAUCGCUCAGCAACCCCGGGGGGAGCAACCAGGUGGGGGGGAAACUCCAAAUGGUAGGCUCGUCUAAGAGGGAACCGCCCACACCCACUUCUCACGACCAGAUGGUAGACUCGUCUAAGUGCAAACUGCCCGCACCCACUUCUCACAACCAAAUGGUAGACUCGUCUAAGUGCAAAUUGCCCGCACCCACUUCGCCUGACCAACGGAUCGCCCACCUAGUGACCUCCAACGAAGAACUCUCCUUGAAGGAAGCCAAUUUCGGAAAAGUCUACAGACACUAUUUAACCAGAGUGACUCAAUUCGUGAAGGACAAACUGCCCCAUUUCGACGCGCACAGCUUUCUCGCCCAUUUGGAGGAACAGCAGAAUGGAAAAAGGGCACCAAACGCAGUGGGGGAAAAACAGGAGAAAGACAAAAUCGACACCUUCGUGUUCAACUACCAAACGGAGAAGAAACACGAGCAUGUACAAAAACUGAAUGAGCUCAUUUUGGAGCAAACCACCAGCCAUGCUGCGAAGGCAACUUUGUUGGGGGACUUAGUUUCGGACAAGGAGUUUUCCUCGUUUGUCAACGAGCGGGAGGACAGCCAUCAUCAUGAUGGUGAUAAUGUAGCAAAGAAGAAAAAAAAAAAAGCUUUUCCAUGCACAUCCAUCAAUUCGCUCAUUCACUUGUUCUACGCCCUUGCGUCCUUGAACGAACUUGACGAGGACCGCGUGGACCACUACAUGGACAACUUGUACACCGUCGUGGAGAGAAAAAAAAGCGAAAUAACGGCCUACCAGUGGCUGCUCAUCAAGGACAUCUUCAAGAUGGUGCGGGUGAAGAGGAGCGCCGAUUGGCAGCUUCUCCUCGAAAAUGUAAACACCUACGUUAGGGGUGCCGAGCAGGAGGGAAGCGCGCGCUUCGAGACCAUCAACGUUGAGAUAUAG